AUGGCGCUAGUUAUGUCAACCUUGCCCUUUGGGUUAGUCUACGGUAGCCAAAACUCUCAGAACCACACACAGCCAGGCAUGACCCGUUUCUCAUCUUCAGCACAGGAACAGCAGGAUGACCAGCCGCUGGAUUUGUCCAGGAAAGCUGUCCGAUCUGCAUCCUUCUCUACCACAGAGACAAAGAUGGUGGCCUUGAGACAUCGAAGCUGCUCUGAUUCUGCUACUACCAUCCCGCUACCGGCCACAGAUUUCUCUAGUCUCCGGAGUCUGCAGCAGAGGUUUGGAGACGAUGUCCCCUUGCAUCCAUUACACAAGUCUGCGACCUCGGUGAUUCCUUUGCCAGCGAACAUCACCUGCAAGUCAGCGGUCAGUCUUAACGGAGUACGACCCACAAAUAACGGUCCACCAUCUGCAGGAUUACAAAAACUAAAUCUGAUGUGUCAAGUUGAUACACCAGAAGAGCACGAUAUGACGGCAGUUGAUCAUGGAGUUGUUAAAGAAGAAAGCAACAUGGUAGAAUCGCCCAUGUUAGGCGAUGAACCUGCUAGUAGUGGCUGGAGUAGGCACACUACACAUCGAUGCUCCUGUCAGAACACUUUCAGCACACUUUACUCUUUGAGCCUGCAUCUGCAAGAAACGGGCCACACUCCCAUCUCCAGUAAACAGGCAUCUCCCAUGGAUUACCCAAAACUGGUGCGGGGACAAGAUAUGUGGCUGAACCAAGAAUCCGAGCAGACCAGGCGCAUACUUCGGUGCAUCCAGUGUGGCCAGUCUUUCGAGUCACUGCCUCUGCUGACGGUCCACAUGAUGCAGACCCAGCAUUACACCAAAAUCGUCAACUCGGACCACGCCAGGCGACCACACAAAUGUUCCACAUACUGUGGCCGAGAACUGCACCAAGAAUGUGUUUUUAAAUGUAAGGUUUGCCAUAAGAUAUUCGGAGACAUGGAAAAACUUGCUAGUCACAUGGUGGUAUCUGGACACCACAUAAAACAGAUGCCACGUCACGUAUUAGUAUCUGGGCAUCACAUAAAGCAGAUGCCACGUCAUCUGGUGGACCCUGCAGCAGUGCCUGGGGAUGGUUCAGCCACGUCUCGACAGGGGAAGCGGAAAAGGUUUUCUCAAGAUGAUAUGUUACCAAUUGCUGCUAGCAGGUUUACUGUUGCCUCGUUGAAUUACAGGAGAAAACAUGAAAGGAAGGACAUCAGUUCGGGGCAUAGCACCUCUCCAGAAUCCGUGUCUGUAAUGCUAGCCACGUGUGGUAUCUGUGAGAAAAACAUGGAGAGCCAGACCUUCAACUCACAUGUUCGAGAGUGUCUGAGGCAGAAGGUGGAGGUCGUAGAACUUAUGGGAAACAGGCUGGCUCUAAAGGAAGAUCUGUCCAGGUCUGAGGGUCAACUUCUGAAACCCAACUGCAGUGUAGAUUCUGCUACUCACCAGCAGAAAAUCAGUUGUCUUGCAUUGACAAAGACCGAAUCUGUCUGCAGUGAAGACGAGUCUGGAUGUCUCCCGAGUUCCGAGAAAAGCUUAUCUGAAAAUUCUGUGGAAAUAAUGUUUCCUGAAAGAAGGUGUUCCACUCCUUUAUCAGACCCGGGACAAAUGAUCAGACAUAGUGCAUCAUCCAGUACAAGGCUUUGUGCAUCACCCAGUACAAGGCUUUGUGCAUCACCCAGUACAAAAUAUUGUGCAUCACCAAGUACAAAACAUUGUGCAUCACCAAGUACAAAACAUUGUGCAUCACCAAGUACAAAACAUUGUGCAUCACCAAGUACAAAACAUUGUGCAUCACCAAGUACAAAACAUUUUGCAUCACCCAGUACAAAACAUUGUGCAUUACCUGGUACCAGACUUUGUGACUUGUAUGAGGUGCCUCAUAAAAAGUUGUGUUCGCACAGUGAAUCUAGACAGGAAGUCAACAGAUGUUUCAUGUCUGCAGGUGAUGAUAAUAAUUGGCCAGUGAACUUUAACAAGCGAACGGUUUCUUCUCCAAUAAAUCAACAAAAGUGUAACUCUUGUUUUGAACCGAAAAAUACAGAGCCAGAAACUUCACACAAAGAAGUGGCGCACACAUUGAAAUCAGAACUAAGGCAUGGAGAUGAUGGCCUAUGUGAUUCUGAAAGAGAUUUGUUGGUAUUUGAUGACUUAAGUAAAAUAGAGCAGCAUAGGGACAGACGUGUGCUGGAAUCCACACUAGAGUCAUUAGAUUAUACAUACUCUGCCCUAUACAAGUUAGACCUUUUUUCUCGGGGUUUACAACUGUCACCACCCAAGAGAACUAAUCCACUAGAAACCAAGUUGCUAAGUCCCAAGCAAUCUAAAGUCACAAGUAAGAAAGAACCAUUACCGAUUUACCUCAGAUCCCCCAUAUCCAAAUCUCCACCAGGUAUCAGAUCUCCCCACACUGUUUCAUCACCUCAUUUACAGUAUUUGAAACCAGAAUCUCCAAGUACAUCAAACGUUAACAUGACCUUUGACAUCAUCAACCCUGAGGUAGAUCUUCACGACGCGACAUCUGCCCCAUCUGCUCUGGAAGCUAUGGAAUCUUUUAUCAACAAAAGCUUCAGUGCCACCCCUCAGUUAUGCUCCCCAAGCUUGACUUCCAUGUUAAUUCCUUUAAGAAACUAUUUUCCUGAUCCAGGAUCCUUGCUAUCUCAUGCUGAGAUGUUGCUGGAUUCACCAAAUGAACCUGCAUCUCAAUUGGCAAAAUUUUCCAGAUUUUUCAAGAUGGUGCCUGGAAUUCCAAAGUAUUCCAGAAGUACAUUAUCUCCUGCAGGGGAUGCGAUCAAGAGAGAGGCUAACAUCAACUGUUCUGAGUUGAAUACCAGCAGUCCAGCAGCAUUGAUGUCACUGUCUGAAUAUCACCAAGGGGCGUUCACUCUAAUUUCUGCUGGUCUAGGGGUCAGCUAUAAAUUAGAGCUACCCCAAGGCUAUAAAAAAGGAACUAUAUGUCAAGCUGAUGAUAAUUCCAAAAACAACAGAACAGAAGUUAUUCCCACAAUCAAGAAAGAGAACUAUAAAUGUAGAAGCUCUCCUGAUCUCUUCGCUGCUCAAAAGAGCCAUGUAUGUGGUAGUUCUCCAGAUGCAAUGGCUGUUCAAGAGAACCACACAUUUGAUAGUACUCCUGUUUCUGUUGCUAAAAAGAACCCUAAACAUAGCAGUUUUGCCAACCAUUUAAUUGCUGAACAGAACCAUAAAUAUAUCAGUUCCCUUGAAACUAUGGUUGGUGAGACUGUUGCACAGGAUCUUUGUAGACUAGGAGACAAAAUCUUGGGGAACACAAAGGCUCACUGUACAGAUGACAGUGUCUUGUCUGGACCCUUCUUCGUUAAGCCAGUGAACAGUUCAGCUGGGCGGCUUGCACAUGACGAAUCAUUAACUGUGGGACAGGAAAGACAGAGAAAUGAGGAAUUUCGGCCAAAUUUAGGGACUGUAAGCUCAACUAGAGGAACUGGCUUAUUUUACAGUCAGCAAGGAGAUCCAUUUGUUACAACUGUGAAAAGUGAGAAUAAUGAAGAAGACACCAUGUGGAAAGGUGAUGAGAUGUCAACAAAUGAUAAUAUUGCCAAUGUUUCAGCUGCUUGUAAAAGUCAAGUUAACAUUAAAGAUGUGAAAAUUCAAUUUGGCACAGAGCUGGUGAACAAUGAAUUGAGCUCAGAGGUAAAGAUGGCUCUAGUCCAAAUGGUGGCUCAGAACAGUAAUGGUAAGUUGUCACCUGAGACAACUAAACUUACACUUCAAACCGAGGUUGGUCAAAGACAAAAUAACAGAGAGGUUGCAGAAGAUGUUUUUAAUAUACGUGUUGACGAAAGUAAAGUUGACACAGAUAUCUCAGUGAAAACAGAAAGAGAAGAAAAGCCAAUUAAAGAAAGAGUUUUUGUUAAACCAAACGAAGAAAAAGCCAAAGAAAAGAACUUGAAUUUAUCACUGGAAAUCCCUGAACACAAGAUGUAUAGCAAACCUACAGCAACGAAUGAUAAAUUUGGACGCAUAAUAAAACUAGAAUCUUGCUUGUGUGUCAAUGAUAGAGCAGAAACAGGGAAUGAGAGCUUUGUUACAGAUUUCGUUCAGCAGGACAUAGGCGACGCUGUUUCUAGAAAUGUGUAUAUGGACAUUCUAACUGAAUCUUUAAAGGAUGCCUUUGGUAAGGAGCAUGAAACUAGCAGGUCAGACAGUAGCAGGUCAGACAGUUGCAGGUCAGACAGUUGCAGGUCAGACAGUUGCAGGUCAGACAGUUGCAGGUCAGACACUUGCAGGUCAGACAGUUGCAGGUCAGACAGUUGCAGGUCAGGCUCUCACAAGGAAAAUGAAAUGAAGUUGACUACCUCCACAAAAUCUACCUGGGUUGAGCGGGAAACUGUGCCUGAUAGAGAUGUGUUGUGUGGGGUUACUAAUUGUGAAAAUGAUUUUUUAUCAUGUGAUAUUUCUGACAUGGAUGUAAAUACUGAAAAUAGAUUGGACAGACAUUUUGAUGACUUGAUAUCCGACAUGGCUAGAAAAAAUAUACCUAAGGGAAAGUGUACAAACAUGCAAAUCAAGAUAGAAAACAUUGUUGAUGAUGAAGUCAUUAGUGAUACAAAUAUAUCACAAAAUCUUAACAUGGUAUCCAUGAAAAAUGUGAUCAGUACGGAGAAUAGCAGCCAUAGUGUGUGCCAUAAUGAUAAUGACUGUGCUGUUUCCAGGAACUGGUGUGAAAACGUGAUAAAGUUGGAAGUCCCUCAUUCUGGAAAUGAUGUACAUCGUGGAGAAGGGAAGGAGGACACGGGUGUGGAGCAUAACAAUGAAAGGCAUUGUAAGAAUAACAGUGGAUCUCAACUAUUAGGUUUUGAUUGCCAAGAAACAGGUUCUUCGAAGUGUAAGAAUAAAUCAUUGAUACAAUGUGGGGACACGCUGACACACUUAAAAUCAGUGUACGUUGAGAAGAUUGUGAGGUUAAAGAACGAGGCUAUCAAAGAAAAAUAUCAGUACAAACAGGCAGGUGUACAUGAGAAAAAGAAUCAAGAAACAAGCGUCCAGAUCAAGAAUCCAAAGUUUCUGUCAGAGAGUGAGACAAAUUUGAACGCCAGUAAAGUACACAGAAUGAAGAACAAGAAGUCUGCUUUAGACUAUUUAAGUUCUUUUGUGUACAGUCAGCCACUGUCCACGGAGCACCCGCUGGACAAUCUACAGCGACUUCUGGCGACAAAUGACCUUUCACAUCUUUCUACUGACCCUGACCAUCAUUCAGUGGAUGCGCCCCACAACUGCUGCAGCAGUGACAUGUUCACAUCACCGAGCAUGAUUUCUGGGCGUGGCCAGACUUGUAGCACUUGUGACACUGAAGAUAAUGAGGAUGAUGAGACUUAUAUGAGAGAAACUGGCACCGGUGAAAGUAAUGUUAAUGGCCAUAAUUGUGGAGCCUGUAGACGUAGAUUUGUCUCGAAAGGCUCCUAUCGCUACCACCUAAGUAGAUGCCACUUAUCCAGUGUGAAGAAGUAUAGCAUCAAGGAAACAUUCAGCCGGAGUCCCUAUGUCUAUCUUCCAUUAGACCACACUGUCAAAUUCUACCAGAUGACACAGGAACUGUCAUCGAAAGGCAAAUAG